UUAGAGGCCUUCUUCAUUAAGUGUGCCUGCAUCAGCUGAUCAAUGAACACAUUGAGAGAAACCAUGUUUGGUUGUUGACAAUUCUGUCAGUGAUGACAACUGUGCUUGGGCUCGGCUUUCUUUGGUUCAAUUCUCAAGCAUGAGUAUUCCGAGCAGUCCAAACUCUGAUGAUUUGGAAGAUUUCCCGGGACGCUUGUUACACCAGGCGGCACUUUGGGAUAAUGCAGAAUUAUUAGAAGACCUUCUUCAUGCUGAUCAAUUACAACAUAUUGAUGGAGUUGAUGCAUGGGGUCGAACACCAUUGCAUGCAGCUGCUACAACAGAAAACUCAAGCUGCCUAAGAAUAUUACUUCAGUCAGGAGCUAAUCCAAAUAUUCCGUGUGGGCCUCGAGGAGAAUAUAGAACAUCAUUGCAUGUAACUGCUGAAUAUGGCCAUGUCAACAACCUACGUCUCUUGCUGUCUCAUGAUGCUCGCAUUGAUGUUCGAGAUGGCCUGGGGUUUUCACCAUUAGAUUUGGCACUUAAAGGAAGUCACAUAGAAUGUGCUUCAGCUUUAAAAACAGCUCAGUCAACACAGGAAGCUUGUAGGGUUGAAAUAUUCAAUGGAUUGUUAAAAGCAUGUAUUGAAGGCAGUCCAGACUUAAUGCUCAAGCUCUUUAAGGAGCUCAAAGAAGAUUUGCAGCUUGUCAUUAAUAUGAUGGUGGAAGGAUCAAACACAUUGUUGUUCAAGGCUUCAGAAAUUGGCCAUAGAGAAAUCGUUCAUUUAUUACUUGCCAAUGGCGCGGACGCAAGAGUUCAUCCUGUAACAAAAUAUUCUCCCCUAUAUAUAGCAUGCUACAAUGGCCAUAAGGAAGUUGUAGAAUUGCUACUGAGAAAAUUUCCUGAAUUGGUACAAACUCCCACAGUUGAAAAAUGGUUUCCUUCCCAUGGAUGCUGUAUUCAGGGACACGUUCAAGUGCUGGACCUUCUACUUAAGUACCCGUACCCUUCGAGUAUAAUGAAAAAGUACACUGACAAAACAGGGAACUAUGAAUAUGAACUUCCUUUCGACAUCAAUGCAAAAGAUGUGUCAGGGCAAACUGUGUUGUAUAUCGCUGCCUAUAUGGGGAACCUGAAAAUGGUGGAGCUUAUUUUAAAGUAUCGCGUCAAAGGGAAAACGUUGAAGUCCAACGACCAGACAACAACCGUCCUGUCGGCGACCGAAUCGAUCACAGCCAAAAAACGGAUUUCAGACUCGAUUCAAGCUUUAAUGUCCCGUCUGAACGUUAACUUAAAACCAGACUCAGCAACUCCAGCUGCCAAUAUUCAACAGACAUUAAGUCCCGUCGACGUAGACGUCUACUGCGAUCAUGGGACACAAACGGCCCUUCACGCAGCUGUCAAGAGCAAACACUUUGCCAUCGCCUCCCUUAUAUUGGGUGCAGGUGCUAAUCCGAAUCUCACCAUAUAUCUUAACGAAGAAGAGCUGUCAAAGUUACGUUCUCGGACGGCCCUAGACGAAUAUGUUUUUACGGGAUCUUCCGUGCUGGUAGAGGCGGUCAGACAACGUGACAUGGGAAUGAUUGAUCUGCUUCUUAAACAUGGUGCUCGAGACCUGGAAAGCAAAGCACUGUAUGUGGCAGUUCAAGCGAAAGACGAUAUUAUAACAUCCAAACUCCUGGCUCUUAAAUCACAUAUUGAUCGAGAAAAUUCCAUCAACAAAAAAGCAGGAUCGCCAAACGAAAGCCGCGGCUUUGCGUCACUAAGCCAAGUUUUUCCCACUAACGCCGUUAUGAUAAAUUGGCACGGGCAGCAAUGCCUUGAAUACAUUAGGCCGCAAUGGCUGAGUGAGGCUGCUGUUAGCCUCAACCCCAAAAUGAAACUGCAUCCGCGUGCUUAUCACGUUGCCCUCCAUUCUAUUACACGCAUCGAUCUUUCCAACAAUGUUCUCGUAGAGCUACCACCAUGCAUGUUACAAUUGCAAAGUAUCCGGCAUCUCAACGUCGCGCAAAACAAAAUUGAGCGUCUGCCAUCAGGAUUAUAUAAUUGUCCUUUACUGGAAGAACUUCUGUUGCAGGAUAACAGAUUGGAUUUCCUUCCGGAUGCUCUAUUCAAGCUUCCUUCGCUGGCUAUUUUGGAUGUAUCCAACAACAAACUGCAACAUAUUCCAAUAGACAUGUGGACAGCUCCGAAAUUGAAAGAGAUGAAUGCGUCGUUCAAUUUACUUGUUGAUCUUCCCAACUUUCUAACGGACGUAGCCUUCGAUCUAACCAGUAGUGGUGAUUCUGGAAAGAAACUGGACUUUUCGGCGCCGCGCUCGAAUAAAUCAACUCCAGAUAAAUUCAACCUUUCUUUCUCUGACGAAGACAGCUUGGGAGACGCCAGAAUGAUGCGAAGCAUGCAGCUGGCAACUUUUAACCUUACUCCCCAGAAAUUAGUGCACGAUAGUUUAUGGAGCCAUACAGUAGAUAUUAAUGAAACUCUUCCGGCAGAUAUGGAUGACAUGCCUCAAUCGUGUUCACAGCUCGUUCAUCUUAAUCUUGCACACAACAAUUUUUCUAGCGUCCCGGUUUCAUUAGCUUGUAUAGCUGUCAAUCUUGUCCGCUUAAACAUGAGCUUCAACAAAUUAACUGACAUUGGACCUUUAUCUAACUAUCCUCACGGUUUGAAGCAGUUAGAUUUGUCUCAUAAUCAAAUAGAAAAUUGGCCGCCCUUUUCCAACUGGGACAUUCUUCAGCUAGAUGAACCGAUGUCCCCAUUAUCUACCUCAUCACCUUUUUUGUCUUCAUCAGCAACCAUAACUUGCUUUGCCGGAAUUGAUCGCAAUCCACCCAAAACGCCAGUAACCCAAGGGAGGAAAUUUCACAAAUCUUCAAAGGUGGUUGCGUGUGCACACCGGCGUCAUCACAAAUUGGAGGGUUUACGUACUUUGGUCCUCGGAGAUAAUCAGAUGACUGGAAUCCAUCUGUGGAUGGAUGAGGGGUUGGAAGAGGAUGUGGAUACCCUCGUUUCGUCUGCUCACAAAUCCAAACUACUCUUCCCAAAUUUGAGUGCAUUGGAUAUAAGCAACAAUAGGAUCAGAGAAAUACCAAAUGUUAUCCACGAACUAAGCAAUCUCGCCGUUUUCAACGUUAGUGGAAAUCCUGAUAUCGUCGAAUUGCCACCGCGAAUGGGAUUGUUGUCAAAAUUGUGGAAUUUGAACGUGAGAGGAUGCAAUUUACAAGAACCAUUACGUUCAAUGAUUGAAAGCAAGAAAUACAAGACAAUGGAUGUCGUGGGGUAUCUUAAAUCCAUCUUAGAAGAUGCACGUCCAUACGCCCGAAUGAAGCUCAUGCUCGUCGGCGUCCAAGGUAUCGGGAAAACUUCGUUACUGGAACAGCUACGCCAAGAAGGCACAGGAUCAUAUAAAAAGAAACCUCCAGAGCACUGGGCAAAAAGAAUGGGCAACAGGAAUAUACACUCUCGGACGCCCCGUGGAGUAAACUUGUCCACUGUCGGCGUCGACAUUGGUGAUUGGACUUACGACAAGAAAGCUAAAGGGCACGGCCCAGUCACUUUCCGUACCUGGGACUUUGCUGGUCAAAAAGAGUAUUAUGCCACUCACCAAUACUUUUUGUCUAAACGAAGUCUGUAUUUAGUCCUAUGGCGAAUAACUGAUGGAGUGAAAGGAAUUGACGAAAUCUUUCACUGGCUAGUCAAUAUUCAGGCGAGAGCGCCUAAUUCUCCUGUUCUAAUUGUGGGAACCCAUUACGAUUUGGUCAAGGAUACCUUCCCCUCAUCCUAUUCCGAAGAUCUCCAACAGCUUGUUCGUGACCGUUUUAUUAAUGUGGUGGACGCGGAAAAAUGCGGUUUACCUCGAGUAUUAGAUACCAUAGAGAUCAGUUGUCGUACCAGACAUAAUGUUCGACUUUUAUGCAACCUAAUUUAUGACGCCGUUUUUAGCCUAAAACUUCCAGGAAGUAAAGAACGCAUGUUGGAACAGCGUAUUCCGGCAACUUAUUUGGCUCUAGAGGAUGUUAUUGGUCUUCUAGCCACUGAACAAAAAAAUUGCGGUCGUGAUCCUGUUCUUUCUGCUGAGGAAUAUCGUGUUGGCGUUGCGCACAUCAUGAAUUCCCGAUUUCGAAUGUCCUUCAGGGAUACAGCUGAGUUGAAUCAAGCUACCGCAUUUCUUCACGAAAAUGGAGUGAUGCUUCACUACGAAGAUGCAACCCUGAAAGACCUAUAUUUUCUAGACCCACAGUGGCUGUGCGACAUGCUUGCCCAUGUAGUCACCAUCAGAGAAAUUAAUCCCUUUGCGCCAAACGGUAUUAUGAGGUUGGAGGAUUUACAGCUUGUUUUUCGCUCAUCGACCAGCGCUCCGGCAGAAGCUCAAGCUUAUGUUGUCAAUUUACUUAACAAAUUUGAAGUAGCGUUGACCUGGGACUCAAGGACUUUACUUAUUCCCUCAUUAUUACCUACUGAAGAUCAAACAGCAUAUGAUUUACCUGGCUCUGACGUUCGUGUGAAGAUUCCAGUCCGGUCAAGGGGUAGGGCGAUGCGACCGAGAAAGGGCCCGAGAUUUAACAGGGCUGUGUCGAUGCCCUCAAGACCUGGUUCGGCAGCAGCCCAGGGGCACAAAGGAUUUCCGUCUGAAGAAACAAUUACGGAUGGAAAAUGUGAAGUAAGCUUCCAGUCUGACAUGGAGACCGCGAUCUAUCGCUUGCUUCUACUUUCAUACGUGCCAACAGGGUUUUGGUCGCGUCUAAUAACGCGGCUGUUAGCCGAAGAUAGCAUUGUCGAUACGCUCCGUUCUUACUUCAAUAUUCCCAGACACGUUGACGCAGAUCUGACACAUACUUUGGAGUGGAAAGCUGAAUGGCGUUGUUGGCAGACCGGCAUUGAGUUACACUAUCUCGGUACUACUUUGCUUCGAAUUAAAGAAGUGGCCAAUCGCGUCGGUGUCAGUCCAUUCGAUUAUCGGGCGUUUCGAUAUAUUGCCAAACAAGAGGGUCACUGGUCUGAACUGGAUACCGCUUCGGCUGCUAUGAUUGAAAUCUUUCUUCCAAACGAGACCAUUGCAAUACGUAAGCCAAUAUUUGAUCGACCUGAAGGACAACCAUUUCAAAAAGUUUCUGUUCAAGGCUAUCAAACCUUUGCAUUAGAACCAUCUGUUGAAAGCGUUACCAAACUUUUGACGAUCUCCGUUGAUCAUAUUGAUACUCUUCUGGAAGACUGGUAUCCGAUAUUAGGUACCAGAUUUGUACAUACUUCUGAAGGAAAAUAUCUUGUUACGCGGUUGGUUCCAUGCCCCAUGUGUCUCUGUGGAUUAAAUCCCCCAGCCGACAGUCCACAUGAACGCCCACAAGAAAAUCACCAGUUUUUUCCUCUAAAAACGGAACCAGUUGCGCGCGGUUCGCGUAAUAGUGCCCGAUCAGAAGGUGCUGACUCUGGUGUAGGUCACGAAUCUCCUGUGUUAAGCCGGAAAACUUCGACGGAAGAACAUUCUAACAUUCAAGAGCUUUUACGGUCACACUCCUCGCAUUCAGAAACAGUUUACUCUUUCACUGUAGAAGAAUGCAUUUUGCUGAGCCAUGGAAAUCGUCACGUACAUUGCCCGGUUCACAAUGACAUUCAUUUAGCUCAAGUGGCACCCGAUACGAUGUUUAUGGACAUUGGUGAACGCAACAUUGUGAACGGUCAGAACAUUAAAAGAGGAGGUCUACUUGGUCGGGGUGCCUUUGGUUUUGUCUAUCGAGCUACUGCAAACAUUAACGGCAACCCCAAUGCAGAAGUAGCAGUAAAAAUGCUUCAGCCUAUUGAUCCUGGACAUGAAGCCAGAUCUUCUGUUAUACAGAUUUAUAAAGCAGCUAUCAGCCAAUGGGAAAGAGAUCCUUUACAGUAUGCCUGCAAGGCCUACUGUACUGUAAGGCAGGAAUUGGCUAUCCUACUAACCCUGCGUCAUGCGAAUAUCGUUCCAUUCAUUGGUUUGUGCACCGAACCACUAGCAUUGGUUUUAGACCUCGCACCCUUAGGAGCUUUGGAUUCAAAUUUAAGAAAUUUUCGAAGAUCUGGGGCAAAACUAAACCUCUCUGUCAUUCAGCAAAUCGUAGUUCAGAUUGCUAAAGCUCUGGAAUACUUGCACCAACAACGAAUCAUCUAUCGUGAUCUCAAAUCAGAAAAUGUAUUAGUAUGGUCGUUACCUAGUCCCGAUGAAAGGCAGCCUGAAGUGAAAGUGGAUGUAAAAUUGGCUGACUAUGGCAUUUCCCGGAUUUCACUGCCUACUGGCGCAAAAGGUUUUGGAGGAACGGAAGGUUUCAUGGCUCCUGAGAUAAUGCGGUUCAAUGGCGAAGAGGAGUACACCGACAAAGUGGAUUGUUUUUCUUUUGGAAUGUUCUUAUACGAGCUGCUCACACUUCGUCAGCCUUUCGAAAGCCACGAGUCAGUGAAGGAAUUCAUAUUGGAAGGAGGCAGACCUUCGAUAACACCUCGGGAUGCAACCCAUCCCGUGUAUUUACUAGAUCUGAUGGUUUUGUGCUGGAGUCAACAGCCAAAAGACAGGCCUACUGCUUCCCAGAUUGUAUCUAUUGCCUCGGCACCAGAAUUUACCCAUCUCCUGGAUGUGGUAUCUUUAAAUCACAAUGGAUUUUGUACUGACGGCAUUGCUGUUCCUGUGCCUAACUCUUCGGAAGAAACGCUUCAUGAGCUUUGGUUAAGCAGUACGGCAUGCCAGGUUGACCUGCUACUUGCGUCAAGUCAGCCUCCUGAAAUUGCCAACGGCUGCGGGUCUUGGCUGGAUUACUAUACGCUUGAAAGUGAGAUCGAUCAGCCCGUUACAGCGGCUUGUCUGGUCGGUGAAUCCGUUUGGCUUGGAGAUGCUCGGGGGCAAAUUUUCUGCUUCAGCACAAGGACAUAUCAAUGUCUUUUUCGUUACUCCCUUGAACCAGACUCCUCCUGCACUGCCUCUAUACGACGUCUGAUACAUUUACCUUCGUUACAUCGAGUAGCGGUUGCCUUGGCUAAUGGCCGUUUAUUUCUAUGCCGGGAUGACUUCAUCCCACUAACGUCGACUCAAGGUGAAGGUACGUUUGUUAUGACCGAACUCGGACUCGGUGGAAGCGGUGCCCCACUACACUGCAUGGCGGCCAUUUAUUCAACUUCCAGGGGGAAAGUAGAAUUGUGGUGUGGGCAAUCACAAGGCAGCAUAUGCGUGUUCGCCUUAGGAGAAGGCGUAGUGAUCGGUCAAGAGCUGAUCAAUCAUUACGACCCUGUUCUACCCGGUCUUGAAGUGCUCCAAAUAGUGGCUGUCGACAAUCUGAUUAUCGAAAAUCAUGUAGACUCCUUUGACUAUGAAGAAGAAAUGCCAAACGAAAAUGUCAUCGAGACUACUAGUUCUGUAAUAUGGUCGUAUGUUUACCCUGGGUGUGUUGUCUAUCGCUGGUGUGCAAAUACCCGACGAAUUCUCCAUCGUCUGGACUGCUCUAAGCUAGCUCCUUGUUCUGAAUCGCUCCAAUCGAUUAGUAUCGAGGAGCAUCUUAGUCCAGGAAGAUGCCAAGUAACAAGCCUAGCUGUGCAAGGAAGAGAACUGUACAUAGGAACAACUUGGGGCUGCCUUAUCGUGGCUGAAGCCUCAUCCCUGCGCCCAAUAACUGUUUUCCGCCCAUACGAAGAUGAAAUCCGUGUAAUUCUUCCUCUGAGUUCGUAUGACAAAGAGAAAGAAAAACAAUCUCUUCUAGUGGCAACUAUUGGCAAAGGCUAUCGAAAUCUCUUACAUCGUUAUGGCUCAUGGACGCAUUUUAAUAAGAGUUCAUCUGGAUACGUAUCGGAGAGAAACCAGAACAUGCAAGUCCUCUUGUGGAGGGCUGGUGACUGGAUAUAAGAAACUAAGUCAUCGUAGAUGAUCCUUCGUUUUAAGAUUUCGCAUUAUUUAUUUGGUAAAUUAUUAUAUUCUUUUUAAUUAUAAAGACCCUUGGCUUUUCAAAUUUGUUGUUUUCCGUUAAUUCUCUAAUCAACCCGAUGUAUAAAUAUGUUCGAGAACACUGUUACUUUUCCGUGUUUCUUAUUCUGUCAUGCGUAGUCGUGUACUUGUUAGUAAAUAAAAUAGUGGCAUUUA